AUGCCUUCAGUGCCCUGGCAGUUUGCAACUCUGCCUUCACCUUCACUUCCUGCUGAUCCAGAGAGUCAAGGAAGUGGUCCUUCUCUAGAGGUCCAGCUGGAUCCAGAUGACUGUCGGGCUGGAACAUUUUUGGGGGAGGAUACGUGGGAGGGGGCAGAGCUCAAACUUGAAUCCUUGUCUUCAGAGUCGGACUGUGAAUUUCUUUCUCCAGCAGUGGGCUCUGGGGAGCUCUCAGUCAGCAGACUGAGACUGCUUCUUACCGUGGGACUGGCUGCUCACUGGCAGCAAAUUCUCGUGAAUCGGCCUGUGCGUUAUCUGCCAGGUCAAAUCGCACAAAGGUCAUCUGCAGCCCAAGCAUCUCUCCGGGAAGUGAGAAGGAUGGGGGCCCUCCAUCAGGCAGCCCCCGCUGUCAGGCGGAGAGCUGGGGGGGGGGGGGCGGCGCAGAAACACCCUCCCACACCCCCGCCCCCUCGCCCCGCCGCGUCAGUCUCUGACCCCACUGGAGCCACACCGGAGACUGGCUCCCAAUCGGUGUUGGGGGGAGGCGCCGCUCCGCCUCCAGCCCAGCCCGUCCGCCGCGGCUCCGCACACCCAGCACCCGCGCGGCCGCCAGCGCCCGCCUGCAGCCGCCUCCGGCCGUGGGCGCGUCGCCCGGCAUCCCCGCCGCGGUCCCCGCUUCACCUCCCCAGGCGUGAGCGGCGAGGCGCGCAGGAGCGAUUUCGCAUCCUCUGCGGCGGUUGGGCAUCCCUCCGCAGCGGGCCGGCCGGCACCAGCUGCCCAGCUCCGUGCGUCCCCGGCCGGGCCGGCGGUGGCGGCGCGCAGCUCGCCGGAGCGGGACUCGCGGGUGGCGGCGGCGGCGCGAGGGAGUCGGUCGGCCCGCCGGCCGCGCCGCGCUCGGAUUGGUCUCCCGGCGGGGCUGCCGGCCGAGGGUUGGCUGCGGGCCGGCUGAAGAACAGGUGCACCCGGCGCCCGGGCGCGCGGAGCUGCCGCCGAGGAGCGCGGCGCGCCGGGCCGAGCGCUGUGUCGGAAUGCGGCUGUCGGGAGCCCGGCGCCCCGCGGCCGGCCGCCCCGGUCCCUGAAGCCCCCUCGCGCCGCCGCCGCCACCCGCGAGUCCCGCUCCGGGGCCCGGACGGCGGCGGCGAAGGGGCGGCCGAGCCCCCCCGGGAGUUACGCUGUAGCGACUGCAUCGUGUGGAACCGGCAGCAGACGUGGCUGUGCGUGGUGCCUCUGUUCAUCGGCUUCGUCGGCCUGGGGCUCAGCCUCAUGCUGCUCAAAUGGAUCGUGGUGGGCUCCGUCAAGGAGUACGUGCCCACCGACCUGGUGGACUCCAAGGGGAUGGGCCAGGACCCCUUCUUCCUCUCCAAGCCCAGCUCCUUCCCCAAGGCCAUGGAGACCACCACCACCACCACCACCACGUCCACCGCGGCCCCCGCCACCCCCUCGGCCGGCGGCGCCGCCUCUUCCAGGACGCCCAACCGGAUCAGCACCCGCCUGACCACCAUCACGCGGGCGCCCACUCGCUUCCCCGGGCACCGGGUGCCCAUCCGGGCCAGCCCGCGCUCCACCACGGCACGGAACACUGCGGCCCCCCCGACGGCCCUGUCCACCACGGCCCCUUUUUUCAGUAGCAGCGCUCCGGGCUCCCGACCCCCGGCGCCAGGAACCCCGAGCACCCAGGCCAUCCCCUCCUGGCCCACUGCGGCAUACGCUACCUCCUCCUACCUUCACGACUCGACUCCUUCCUGGACCCUGUCUCCCUUUCAGGAUGCUGCCUCCUCUUCUUCCUCCUCCUCGUCUUCCUCCUCCGCUCCCACCACCGCCGCCACGCCAGAAACUAGCACCAGCCCCAAAUUUCACACGACGACAUAUUCCACCGAGCGAUCCGAGCACUUCAAACCCUGCCGAGACAAGGACCUUGCAUACUGUCUCAAUGAUGGCGAGUGCUUUGUGAUCGAAACCCUGACUGGAUCCCAUAAACACUGUCGGUGCAAAGAAGGCUACCAGGGAGUCCGUUGUGAUCAAUUUCUGCCGAAAACUGAUUCCAUCUUAUCGGAUCCAACAGACCACUUGGGGAUUGAAUUCAUGGAGAGUGAAGAAGUUUAUCAAAGGCAGGUGCUGUCAAUCUCAUGUAUCAUCUUUGGAAUUGUCAUCGUGGGCAUGUUCUGUGCAGCAUUCUACUUCAAAAGCAAGAAACAAGCUAAACAAAUCCAAGAGCAGCUGAAAGACCCACAAAAUGGUAAAAACUACAGUCUCAAAGCAUCCAGCGCAAUGGCAAAGUCAGAGAACUUGGUGAAGAAUCACGUCCAGCUGCAGAAAUAUUCAAAGGCGGAAAGGCAUCCUGUGACUGCACUGGAGAAAAUGAUGGAGUCAAGUUUUGCCGGCCCCCAGUCCUUCCCAGAGGUCCCUUCUCCUGACAGAGGAAGCCAAUCUGUCAAACACCACAGGAGUCUCUCCUCUUGCUGCAGCCCAGGGCAAAGGAGUGGUAUGCUCCAUAGGAAUGCCUUCAGGAGGACACCCCCCUCGCCCCGAAGCAGGCUGGGCGGAAUCGUGGGACCAGCAUAUCAGCAACUUGAGGAAUCAAGGAUCCCAGACCAGGACACAAUACCUUGCCAAGGGAUAGAGGUGAGGAAGACUAUCUCCCACCUGCCUUUACAGCUGUGGUGUGUUGAAAGAUCCCUGGACUUAAAGUACUCGUCCACUGGUUUAAAAACCCAACAAAACGCAUCUAUAAAUAUGCAACUGCCUUCAAGAGAGACAAACUCCUAUUUUAAUAGCUUGGAUCAAAAGGACCUGAUCGGAUAUUCAUCCACUAGGGCCAGUUCCGUGCCCAUCAUCCCUUCGGUGGGCCUGGAGGAAACCUGCAUGCAAAUGCCAGGGAUUUCUGAAGUCAAAAGCAUCAAAUGGUGCAAAAACUCUUACUCUGCGGAUAUUGUCAAUGUGAGUAUUCCAGUCAGCGAUUGUCUUAUAGCAGAACAACAAGAAGUAAAAAUAUUGCUAGAAACUGUCCAGGAGCAGAUCCGAAUUCUGACUGAUGCCAGGAGGUCAGAAGACUAUGAACUGGCCAGCGUAGAAACCGAGGACAGCGCAAGUGAAAACACAGCCUUUCUGCCCCUGAGCCCCAUGGCCAAAUCAGAACGAGAGGCACAAUUUGUCUUAAGAAGUGAAAUACAAAGAGACUGUGCAUUGACCAAGUGA